AUGAUGAAAUCCGUUCUUCUUUCCCUUCUGGCUGCCAGCGCUUCCGCUUUCGCCCCUGCUUCCCAGUCUCAACGCGCAGCAUCUGUUGCCUUGAAUGCUGAGGAAAUGUCCAAGGCCGUCCCUUUCUUGGUCCGCCCUGAAAAGCUUGAUGGAUCUCUGCCAGGAGAUAUGGGGUUUGACCCCAUGAGACUUUCUGAUAUCCAAGCAGAUUUGAGCUAUGCUCGUUGGGCAGAAUUGAAGCACGGACGUAUCUGCAUGCUUGCUCUUGUCGGUAUGGUUGUUCAACAAUCUGGACUUCACAUUCCAGGUGAUCAAUUCACCAACACUGAUGUUUUCGGAGCCAUCAGCUCUGUUGGAUUCGCUGGAAACAUUCAAGUCUUGAUGGCUAUCGGUGUUGUCGAGGGAAUCAACUACAACAAGCACUAUGAUGAUUCCACCCCAGGUGAAAUCGGAUGGGAAGGCAAGGGCUGGGCCUCUUUGACUGACUCCCAAAAGGCAUUCCGCAAGGAAUCCGAAGUUGUGCACUGCCGUCUUGCCAUGAUCGCUUUCACUGGGGCCAUUGUGCAAACUCUUCUUUUCAGCAAGCCUCUUAUCAGCUUCUAA